UGGUAGACAUCAACAAUGGCUCAAAUUAGUUUAUUCAUCGCUCUAGUAGUUUUAGUAGCAGUCAGUGACGCAGCACUGAGAGUGCAACGUUCACCCCAAUUCUCUGGUGCGUCUGCGUCAGCUGGCUCUGGAGGAUUUGGCAGACCUGGAUUCGGCGGCUCAGGAGGAUUUGGUGGCUCAGGAGGAUUCGGCAGGCCCGGUUUCGGUGGGCAUGGGGGAUUUCAACAGCCUAGAGGAUUCGGUCAAGGUGGUUUCGGUCAAGGUGGUUUCGGUCAGCAGGGCGGAUUCGGUGGCGGAAGUUUUGGACGUCCCGGCUUCGGGAACAGUCACCUAAGGCAGCCUCCUUCUAUCAACAUUGCGAAGAGUGUCAGUAUUAAUGCGGGACGCAGUGGUGGGGGCAUUUCAAGAGCUAGUUCUGGAUCAUUUGGCGGGAAGUAGUGGAGUGAAAUUAAACUUCUAGUUUUGUAUGAGUAUUAUGAGUAUCUGUAAACUGAUAUUGACAAUAAAUAUUAAGGUACAGUCCG